AUGGAGCUUCACGUGGAAACCUCCCGGUACAGCCUCGAGACUCUCUCCCUCAUGGAAUCCCAGGCGUUUCGCAAGAAUCGCUCGCCCCCCCUCCCCCUCUUUGAAGGCAGAGCUAGCACGCCUUCACAUCGAAAACGGGCUCCACAGGCGAUCCCAGUCGUCCAGGGCGAGGUAGAGGAGCAGUCGGGUCAUAUUCCUGUCUCGGGUGGCGGUGGCUCGGGGCCGAGCGGGUCUUUGGGCCGCGGAGCCCCCGCGGGUCCGCAAGCCGCGCAGUCGUCCCUGUGGGUUCGGGGAUUCUCAGAUGGGACAAAGCUGGUCGCGCAAAAACCGUGGGGAGACGAGUCUGACCCACUCUCUUUUUUUUUCCAGCACUGCGUCCCGGAGUUCAUCAACGCCGCCUUCAACGCCCGCGUGGAGGCGACGAACACGUGCGGAAUGCGCCGCCCCCAGGAGUACUGCAUCCAAGCCACGCAGACCUGCACGAUCUGCGACAACAACGACCCGCACGAGUCGCACCCCCCCGAGUACCUCACGGACUUCAGCAGCGAGCGGAACGAAACCUGGUGGCAGAGCGAGACGAUGAACGAAGGGGUGGACGUGGACGGCCGGAUCGGACCGGGAUUUAACUACGACCGAAUCAUCGACCAAGUGAACCUCACCCUCAACCUAGGUGCGUCCAGAAACAGCUGA